AUGUCUGGCAACGGGAGCAGCAGAAACGGCGGACCAGACUCAGGGAAUAGAAGCCUGCGCUGUAGUCCGGAGGAGCCGUCUGGAGCGGAGGCCAGGGGGGAGACAUCCUCAGAUAUUGAAAUGAGCUUGAGAUUGACCAGAGAUGGUGGCGGUGGUGUCCCCAGCUUUGCAGGCACAGAAAGUCAAAGCACCGAGACGGAAAAUUCAAGUGAAGACUUUCAAAGGAUGGAAGACAUUGACCGUUUCCUCCUCAAUGAUGAAAACCUAAUCCAUUACUGCUUAGAAGAAGAGGUGCCAGGAGAGGAAGAAGAGGGCGACGAGGAAGAAGAGGAGGAAGAGGAAGAAGAGGAGGAGGAGGAGGAAAUGGCAGAAGAACAGUCUCAGGUACAGUGCAACCAUGAUCAGUAUUUCUCAGAUAAGGAUCGGGCCCUGGAGAACUGGAUGUCCUCAGAGACAUCUGCCCUGCCCCGCCCUCGCUGGCAAGUCCUUACUGCUCUUCGAGAGCGGCAGCUGGGUUCAAGUGCCCGCUUUGUAUAUGAGGCAUGUGGGGCAAGGGUCUUUGUGCAGCGUUUCCACCUGCAGUGUGAGCUUAAAGGCCAUAAUGGUUGUGUCAAUACUGUGCACUUUAACCAGUGUGGCACCUGGCUGGCCAGCAGCAGUGAUGACCUUAGAGUGAUAGUGUGGGACUGGAUGCGUCAGCAGCCAGUACUGGACUUUGAGAGUGGCCACAGAAGUAAUGUCUUUCAAGCCAAGUUCCUUUCCAACUGUGGUGAUCCUACCCUGGCCAUGUGUGCCCGUGAUGGGCAGAUACGGGUGGCAGAGCUAUCUGCUACACCACACUGCAAAAAUACUAAGUGUGUGGCCCAGCACAGAGGAGCCUGCCACAAGUUAGCUCUGGAGCCAGACUCCCCUAAGUUCCUAACUUCAGGCGAAGAUGCAGUUGUCUUCGCCAUUGACCUCAGACAAGGCCAGCCCGCUUCAAAAGUGGUGGUAACAAAAGAGAAGGAGAACAAAGUGGGACUGUAUACAAUCCAUGUGAAUCCUGCCAAUACUUACCAGUUUGCAGUGGGUGGACGAGAUGAAUAUGUAAGAAUUUAUGACCAGAGGAGAAUUGAUGAGAAUGAGAAUAAUGGAGUACUCAAGAAAUUCUGUCCUCAUCACCUGGUCAACUGCAAAGCAUACAUCACCUGCCUUGUGUAUAGCCACGAUGGCACAGAGCUCCUGGCCAGUUACAAUGAUGAAGAUAUUUACCUCUUCAACUCCUCUCACUGUGAUGGAGCCCAGUAUGUUAAGAGAUAUAAGGGGCACAGAAAUAAUGCCACAAUCAAAGGUGUCAAUUUCUAUGGCCCCAAAAGUGAGUUUGUGGUGAGCGGUAGUGAUUGCGGGCACAUCUUCUUCUGGGAGAAAUCAUCCUGCCAGAUUGUUCAGUUCAUGGAGGGGGACAAGGAAGGUAUCGUGAACUGUCUUGAGCCCCAUCCUUACCUACCUGUGAUGGCGACCGGUGGCCUAGACCAUGAGGCAAAGAUCUGGGCACCCACAGCUAAAACUACCACUGAGCUUCUUGGGUUAAAGAAUGUGAUUAAGCACAACAAGGAGGAACGAGAUGAAGAUAGAUUGCACCACAUUGACCUGUUCAACAGCCACAUGCUUUGGUUCUUCAUGCGUCACCUGACGCAGAGAGGUCUUCAGCAGCGCCUGGGAGCUCCUGGAGUUGGGGCCAUGGGUGCACACUUGGAUGAGUCUUCCGAUGCAUCCGAGGGAGGAGAGAGUCAAGACCGUGCGCAGUUCCUGCCAUCCUGA